CAGUCAGAUCUCAGUAAACAAGCUGGUGAAAGUGAGCAGACAACCGGACUUUAACAGGAACUCACAGGAGAUGGCUCUGGGGAGGAAGGUGGACGUCCCGGUCAGCGACGUCUCUCUGAUCAGAGGGAUGUGGGAGGUCCGGGUGAAGAAGCACAGACACACACAGAAGAAGGAGCAGGAGAGGAUCGAGCAAAGUGCCCUUCCCAAGAUCGACCAGCAGUGGCAGUAUCGUAUCUACUGUAAGAGCCUGCAGACCAAGGAACUCAACCUCCUGCAUCACUACCUGGAGAGAUCUACACUGACUGAGACACAACCCUGCACAGAAGCAGAGCAGGAUCAGAGAGAUCGGGAGCAGAGCAGCCUGAUCUUCCAGCUGGACGGUGAACAGUGGAUGGACUUCCCCAGGGAGCUGCAGUGGAUGACGUACCUCAAAGAGUGGCACGUCAGGGGGACGAGGAUCUGUCGGCUGCCUGAGUACCUGGCUCUGUUCACCCAGCUCUCCGUGCUCCAGAUCCCAAAGAACACCAUCGCUGAGCUGCCUCCUGAGAUCGGUAAAUUGACGGGUUUGAGGGAAUUAAACGUCAGCUACAAUCGUCUGUCCCGAGUUCCUCCAGAACUUGGAGACUGUGAGAACCUGAAGAGACUCGAACUCACCGGAAACCACAACCUGUCCGAGCUGCCGUUCGAGCUGAGCAGCCUGAAGCAGCUGCUUCACCUGGACAUCGCAGAGAACUCCUUCAGAUCCAUCCCCAUCUGUGCUCUGAGGAUGAGCUCUCUGCAGCUGCUGGACCUGAGCCACAACCGCCUGGGCGACCUGCCGCAGGACAUGGACAGGUUGGAGCAGCUGGUCACCCUGUUCCUCCAUAAGAACAACCUGACUUAUCUUCCUCACUGUCUCACCAAAAUCUCAACGCUCAAGAUGAUCGUCGUCAGCGGCGACGAGCUCAACUCCAUCCCGACCAGACUGUGCAGGAACCCCGAGAUCAAGUUUAUCAGACUGUGCGACAACCGUGCGACUGCAGAGAACAAGAAGAAAGAGGAGGAGGAGAAGGAGAAGGAGAAGAAGAAGAACAGGUGGAGAGAGCCGAGGGAGGAGGAGGUGAAGAAGGACAGCGGAGAGAAGGAGUUCAUCGAGCUGUACGUCAACUCGCUGAAGGACAGAGAAACCGUCCCUGAAUCUACCACCAAAGUCUCCAUCUCCUGCCUGCUGUGAGGAGGAGGAGGAAGAUGAAGCUGACAGUCUGUCACCAUUUGAGUGAAUUGAAGAUCAUUGGAGGGUGCUCUUUAUAAGCAGCUAUAGAAAAUCAAACAAAAACACUUUCAUUCAUGGGUCUUAUAGAAGAAAUAGAAACUCAUAGAUAGCAGGCAGCAGCUCUGACUCACUGAGAAUCAGAAACAUCUUUCACUUCAGAGUGCUGUGAUGUUUGAUCAUGUUGUGUUAUGGAAGCCGAUUUAAUCCAUACGAAAGAAAUAAAAGAUGAAAAAUUAAGUGAGAAAUGUAACUGCUGAUGUUGAGUCAUUAACAAAAGAACCAGGAUGUGACUUCUGCCGCUAGGUCCGCUUAACCCUCC